CAUGGUCUUCGGAAAGAUGACAAACCUGUUCCCUUAUGUUGCAUGCGGAUGCCGCUACAUGGACCAUAGCCAUGGUGGUGAUUGGCGAUACUUCCCCCAGGUCUCUCUGCAGACCCAUGCGACUAUCCUGUCCUCAAUCUCCCGAACAGUCCUGACCCAGACCUUCACCAAUCCCUCUGUCACGCCUGUUAAAGAAGUCUCGUACACCUUUCCUUUGUAUGAUGGCGUAAGCGUCGUGGGAUUCACCUGCCGGGUUGGCGACCGGGUUCUUCACAGUCAAGUCAAAACAAAAGAGCAAGCCAGUGAAGAUUAUACCCAGGCCAUACAACAGAGUCAAUCGGCAAGUAUCCUCAACCACUCUGACAGCACCAGGGACGUCCUCACCAUCCGGCUGGGGAAUGUCAACGCAGGUGAGCAGGUGGUUGUCGAGAUAACCUUUGUUGGCGAUCUAAAGCAGGAUACCCAGGCAGACGGUGUUCGCUAUACUAUUCCAAAUGCGAUCGCCCCGCGGUAUGGUGAAGGAUUGGCUCCUUCAUCGCCCUUUACACGACAAGCUCAGAAUCAAGGCAUCUCGAUCACGGUGGAUGUCCUCAUGGAAAAGCCUUCGGUGAUCCGGGAAAUUCAGUCUCCCAGCCAUCCGAUCAGAGUGUCGCUUGGUCGUAUGUCUACAGAGAGUACUUCGGUCUUUGAGGCCAAUCAGGCAUCUUGUAGUCUACAGCUAACUGGGAAUGUCCCGUUGGAACGAGACUUUGUUGUCGUUGUCAAUGCUGACAGCCAAGAUCUCCCCCAUGCUCUGUUGGAAGAACAUCCCACCAUUCCUGGUCAGAAAGCUUUGAUUAUGACUAUGGUUCCCAAGUUCAGCCUCCCCCCUAUUUACCCUGAAAUCAUGUUUGUCAUUGACCGGAGCGGGAGCAUGAGGGACAAAAUUCCGUCGCUCAAGUCCGCGCUGAUAGUCUUCCUCAAGUCGCUUCCUGUUGGCGUUUGCUUCAAUAUUUGCUCCUUCGGUACGCAUUACAGCUUCCUGUGGCAAAAGAGCGUUCCAUAUGACAGUGCGAGCUUGCAAUAUGCCAUGCAGUUUGUCGAGAGUAUCAGUUCGAACAUGGGCGGCACUGAAAUACAGGGCGCAGUCGAAGCGACAGUUGCAAACCGCUUGGAAGGCAAAUUGCUUGAAGUUAUAAUCCUCACUGACGGUCAAACAUCGGACCAGGACUCCCUUUUUUCAUUUGUCCGGCAGGCGUCCGCAGGCAACCACGCCCGCUUCUUCUCGCUGGGAAUCGGCAAUGCAGCAUCCCACUCUCUGAUUGAAGGCGUUGCUAGAGCAGGAAAUGGAUUCAGUCAGUCAGUGUUUGAAUACGAAGAAUUGUCGAAAAAGAUCGUUCGCAUGUUGAAGGGUGCCCUUUUGCCUCAUAUCUACAACUACAAACUCGAGGUUGAAUUCGACGGUACCGACGUCCCCGACAUCACCGCAGCUACCGAAACCACAGACGAAUUUGAGAUUGUCGAAGAUGUUUCAGAAUCCGAAUCCGCAACAGAGCGAGGAACAGUGGCUACUCCCAGUGAAUCUCCUGAACAUGAACCGCAAAAGCCCAUCUCCUUAUUCGACAACGACUACAAAGAACCCGAAAUAAAACCCUCCAAGAUCGAUCUUCCAAAACUGACGCCACCUGAUCUUCUUCAAGCACCAUGGAAGAUUCCGACUCUAUACCCUCUUAUUCGUUCGACGAUCUGCAUCCUUUUAGACCCCCGGCUUUCCAACCGUAACCCGCAAGCCCUAACUCUUCGAGCCACCUCCGAGCAUGGCGCUCUCGAACUCAAGAUCCCAAUCCAAAGCAUUGGAAAAGGCGAAACAAUUCACCAAAUCGCAUCUCGAAAGGCAGUUGUCGAACUGGAAGAAGGCCAUGGUUGGAUUGAGGACGCCAAAGACAGCAAUGGACGCCUCACCGAGGACCUCUCCCCCGAAAUACAACGCCAACUCACCAUUCAAGAGUGCCAGAAUUUGGGCAUCAAAUACCAGGUUACCGGGAAACACUGCUCCUUCGUCGCGCUGGACGAGAACGGCAAUGAACAGCCAAAGCAGCCCGAGUCCAGAUUUGGAAAAGAGGAAUAUGCUGCUGCGUCGGCGAAUUCAGGUGGAAAAGCCAAGAAAGCACGCGGUCGUCUUGGAAGUACCGCAUUCAGACAGCAGGCGGUUCCUAAUCUUUUUGCUGGGGUUGCACCACCUCCAGCCUGCUCUGUAUCAGGCGGUUCUCUCUUUGGCGUGACUGCAGUGCCCAGAGAACCCACCGCUGCCUCUUCGUCAAGCAGAAGUAUGUUUGGCAAUGCUCCUGCGCCUUAUUCAUCUUUUCAGUUUCAACAUGCACCAGCCGCUUCUCCUCCUACAACAGACUAUGGUCUUUUUGCAAGUACGUCCGCAUUGUCUUCAACACUGUUCAGAGCACCUCCAGGCCCCGCUGUGUCAAUUGGAACUGGCCUCUUCGGUACUCCUGCCCCAUCUUCCUCGUUGCCAUUCGGAACGUCAUCCGCCGCUGCUACAUCUGCCGGUAGUCUCUUUGGUGCCGCCCAACCCGCCCACCCCUCGCCAGCAGCCCAAACCUCCACCCUCGACGGAAUCAUCAAACUGCAAACCUUCGACGGCUCUUGGAACUGGACCAAAGAACUCACCGAGCUCCUCUCCAUCGACGAAAACAACUUCCGCGAGAAGCUCAGUGCGCGGAUCAAACAAAACCAUGAUAUCGAGCUUCUGUGGAGACAGUCGCUCCCCAAUUUUAUUGCUACGAUGCUCGUGAUGAGGUAUUUGGAGCAAAAGGCUACUCAGGAUAAGGCUGUUUGGGAGCUUGUGUAUGAAAAAGCGGAAGGAUGGAUCCAGAGACAGUCCUUGUGGAGGAUUCCGAAAAUUUUCGAGGCGUGCACAGAGGUUGCUGAGGUUUUUGUUUGAUCUGGGUUACGGAGUAAUGAGGUUGUUUGGCUCCGUGGCUGUGGUAGUUAAUCUAGUUUGGUAAUGAAUGAAC